AUGGUGAAAUAUGGAGGUGGAUUGAUUGCUUAUGUGAAUGGAAAGAAAGUGGCUCGAUUCAAUCUGCCUGAUGUAGUUGAUGACUCAACACGAGCUCCCCAAGCUCAUGAUUCAUCGAUUGCAGUAUUCUUCCAUGUGAUUCUUCCGUUUGUGAAAGCGACAUUGGAGAAUAAUGUGAUUGCGAUUGAACUUCAUCAGGUGGUUGAUACAUCUUCGUCAGUUCCGUUCGAUUUCUAUGCGACGGGAACAUUUGGAGUGAGCGAUUGUUCUGUGGUUCGUGAUUCAUUCUCUUCUCUUACCGGACCUUCGAAGUAUCCUGGAGAUGUCAUGAAUUUCUUCGAUAUGUCACCAAUGACCUAUGCAACACUCUAUUCUUCUUAUGAAAUCGAUUUUGCUUGGACAAGUCAAAACUUGGAAGGAAUGUCCUACAAUGCGAUGGCUGUAUACACAAAUGAGGAUGUGAACAAAUGGUCGUUCUCUAUUUAUGGAAGAUUUGGAAAUGAGAAUUAUACGACCAUUGCCGAAAUCAAAGACUUCAAUACAACUGGAAGAACGCGAGGAAUCGUUUCUGUUCCAGUGGGAGUAGCGAAUUUCCCGAGUCUUCGUUUGGAAACAGAUGCUUUGAGAACCAAUUCAUUAAUUCUUGUGGAAAUGAUGUUUAUGUAUUGUAAAGCAUCGGGUGCGAUUUGUGAAGGUAUUGGCGAUUUCCCGACUGUAGCUGAAGGUCAGAUUUCGCCUUCUCUGUGUGAUGAAGGAUUUGAUGGAUAUGCUUAUCGAGUUUGUGAGAAUGGAGUAUUGUCCGAAGUGAAAAUGGACAAGUGUAUUUACAAAGUUCCUCGGAAUAUCGAAUACUCAGCCACACGAUAUGAAUUUGUUCGAGAUGUAUUUGCAACGACAGGAGUUCCGACAUUCACAAAUCGAAUCACAGAAUGGUAUUUAGCUUCGGGUCAGAAACUACCCGAUGGAUUAGAAUUGAACAUAGAAACUGGAGAAAUCAGUGGAACACCGGUUACUGCAACUAGUUUGGAACUGAUUCAUGUAUUUGGAAAGAAUCCGAGUGGAGUAGCGAGUACAGAAAUAACAAUUACUGUUCGUGUUGGACGAUGUAUAUCUGAAGGAAUAUGGCAAUCAACGGAAGUGGAUUCAAUCGCAAUUUAUGAUUGUGCUCUACAAGGAGCCUUUGUGGGAACUCAGAAACGAGCCUGUGUGCUUGGAGAGAAGGAUGGAGAAUGGCGAAAUGCAACGGGACUGUGUGUCUCGAUUGUUACUUUAGUAGUUGUGAUCGUUAUCGUAAUAAUAGUCAUUUUAAUUGUGGUUCUUCUGGUAAUUCGUAAUUUACGGAGAGUGAAAUCGGUAAGAGGUACGAAGACUGACAAGAAAGUAAAUGUGAAGAAGGUGAAGAAACCAGCAACGACCAAAACAGUAAAGGUUUAAACUGUUAGACUUUGAAUA